ACAGCACAUCAAAGGCUCAGACUACAAUGUACUUGUACUGCCGUUGAAACAGGUAUAAAAUAUGACUCUGCUAUCUUUUGACUAGUAAUAGUGCCUUACUCUACUGAUAUCGCUCCUCCUCCGCUGCCGCCUGAGCUUAUGAUGCCACAUCGCUUAUAUGCAAUUAAACGUCGCAGGGCCAUUGGUGAAAUUGUACGUGAGUAUUAUGGACUGCAUCUUUCAUGUCUUGCAUGUGACAUCUAUCUAUGGCAUCGCUGGGUCCCAACCCAAUUUCGUAUGAAGAUUAUUCUCCAUAAUCAGAGAUCGUAUGGUCCUUCGCGGUCAUUUCAGUUCUGACAUGUUUGAGUAUGUCGCUCCCUUGCUACGCGGAUUUGUUUGCUGAACAGCAGAGUUGGUAUCAUCUAUGGUACACCGUUUUUUUUGGUCAUCAGCAAGUCGCUGGGUUGUUCCUUGUGCGGUCAUGUUGAUAUCAAUGUUAAUAUAUGAUGACAUUGGCCUACUACAAUGCACAGACCAACUGCAUGGAGUGACUAUGUGGCGGUCUUGUGUGCGAUACCAUGCAAACAACUCGACUGCUUUUCAGAAACAAAUCCGCUUCGGAGUUCAAGAAGACAAAAUUGCUCCUUGCCAUGCUUAUUGAACUGACCUUUGAGGCUGGAAUGGUCGCCAGUGGAGCGACAUUGCCACUGGUAGAGUUAAUAACGGCUAUAGAUCUUUUUCUGAUCUUCCAGAUUUUAUUCACUUUACAAACUGUAUAGUAUCUUUCUCAUCACCGUGCGCUCGAGCGUGUCGAAC